AUGUGCUGUGUCGGGUCUGGAAGCCGGAACCCGCUCCAGGUGUUGGCGUGUUUGACGGUCCUCCUCUUCCCCGCGACCGGGAGCGAAGCCGCAGGAGGCGACGGACACCUCGGGUACCAACAGGCGUCGGUCUCCGGUCUGCAGGAGCUCCAGUCCGAUCGCUCGGGACCGGUCUACUCUCUGGGUCGCGCCGCACGGGACAUGGUGUCGGUGCACAUGUUCAAGCUCUACGACAAGUACAACCGCGAGGGGAACCGACCGAGAGACGGGAACACCGUCCGGAGCUUCAAGGCGAGCGAGGAAGUGACGGGUGACAAAGUGAUGUACGAUUUCAACCUGACCUCCAUCCAAGAGUCCGAGAAGAUCUUAUCCGCCACGUUUCACUUUUUCACGCCCAAACGCUGGAGGAACCGACACGAGUUUUGCAAACGCUCCAAGAGUUUCUCCUGCGCUUUCCACCAAAGCCACCAGACCCCCCCGGUGCGUGUGAGCUUCAGGGGCGCUUCCCCCGCCUCGCCCGUGGGGAAGGCGCUGGGAAACCUGACGGUCACCCCACACAGGAGGGGCACUUGGAGCGUGAACGACAUCUCGCACAUCACCAAGGAGGCGAGGAGGGGAGAGCUUCUGAUGCUGUCGGUGGAGCUGGAUUUCGGUGAAAGACUCCAAAGCCCGACUCAAGCCGCCAACUUGCCCUACAUCUUGGUCUAUGCCAACGACCUGGCCAUUUCUGAGCCGAGCAGCGUGGUGGUCACCCUGCAGCGCUAUGGCCCGUUCCCUUCCAGCGAGGAAGAGUCGACUCAGUCUCCCAACACGUCUCGUGUCCGGAGGGAGACCUACUUCUCGUCCCUGCAGAACAACGAGCUCCCCGGGGUGGAGUAUCACCGUUACAACAAGCACGACCUGUGGGAAAGCGCCUACAAGUCGCUGAAACCCAAAGUGCCCCGCAAGGAGAAGAGGCGCAAGGACCAGGGCGACUCCGAGCAGGUGGGCAAGUCUCAGGUGCUGCGCUUCGACGAGAAAACCAUGCGCAAAGCCCGCAGGAGGCAAUGGAACCAACCCAAGAUCUGUUCCAGGAGGUACCUGAAAGUAGACUUUGCCGACAUUGGUUGGAGCGAAUGGAUAUUAUCUCCCAAAUCAUUCGACGCCUAUUACUGUGCCGGAGCUUGCGAGUUCCCCAUCCCCAAGGUGGUUCGCCCUUCCAAUCAUGCAACAAUCCAGAGCAUCGUCAAAGCUGUUGGGAUUAUUCCAGGAAUUCCAGAGCCCUGCUGCGUGCCUGACAAAAUGAACGCUUUGAGCGUUCUCUUCUUUGACGAAAACAAAAAUGUCGUCUUAAAGGUGUACCCCAACAUGUCAGUGGAGACGUGCGCCUGCAGAUAGACUGAGUGGCUCACGAAGGAAACAAGAAACACAUAGAACCUGAACUGCUAAAUACAGUAUCUGUAUUGCCGUGUAACACAAGUCAAAGCUGCAUCCCGUCUUGUCCAGUUUAGGAACUUGAUACCACUUCUGUUCCCCUUUCUUUGUCAGUAUCAAAAUGCUCACUUACGGAGAUAAGCAGCAAAGGGUAGAUUGAGGGUAAGGUACCAAUAUUUGGAGGACUUUUAUCAAUUCAGAAAAGCCUUGUGUUCUGUUUACAACACAACCCUUGUCUGUUCACCAGGCAAAUGAAGCAGUGUUACAUCACCCACAACAUCCCCUCAAAGAUAGCAGGGCAGGAUGGGGCUGAGUGUGGGAUUUAAGCUUUUCUUGUGCUCUUAUCUGUAAAAUAAUAAUAGCAGGAAUGCCAGUCUAUUUAAGUGUAGAUUAUACUAUAUUCUUGAUCUUGGUGUAUUGUGUGUGAGUUCAAAUCUUUAUUCAGCUUCUCAUUUAUUUAAUACUGAUUUGGAUUCUGGUAGCAAAUAUGGGAUUCAGCUUUUGUUAAAAAAAACAAAAGUGUCAAAUAAUUAUAGGGCUUUCCAGAGCACUUGCUUUCUAAUCUUAGAACCCCAUAAACUAAGCAACUGUCCAAACAGUAGGAGAAAAAAGGUUUUUGCUUCCAAGAUUAAUUCUGGAGAAAAAUCUUGGUUAACCAAUGGUCGUGUUUAUGUAAAUUGUACAAAAAAGAAUUCAAAAUAGAUGCUUUCGAAUUAAAAUAUUGUGAUAUCUAACAUACAAUGCAAAGUGCUAAAGCAACAAGUUUAAAAUAUGGCACUAAUUCAAUACCCAUAAGAUUUCAGCAAAUGGGAGUCCUUGAAAAAAAUACCUAGACAAUCUUUUAUCCAGGCUUUUCUGUCGUCAACUGGAUUUCCACUUGCAUUUUUUUUAACAUUACAUUAUGACCAAAAUAAAAAUAAGAAAAAAAGAUUAAUUCUACCCAAAUGUGAUGUUGGAAAUAAUAACAUCUAUGAAUGUAUUUUCAGCAAUGUGUCAAUUCCUGAAAGCAUGUUAUGUGAAAUGUGUGUAGUGCCCACAGGCUGCCUAAAAUAAUCUUACAGCUGUAACAUGCAAAGUAUUUUCAGAAAUUAAAAGGUUGAGAUUGUA